AUGAAGCUUAUCGCCGCUUACCUGCUGCUCUCUCUUGGCAAGGAAUCGAAGCCGACCGCCGAGGAUGUGACCAAGCUGCUCAGCACUGUCGGCAUUGAGGCUGACAACGAGCGCCUGGAGAAGCUCAUCUCGGAGCUCGACGGCAAGGACGUCAGCGAGCUGAUCUCUGAGGGUAAGGAGAAGCUUGCCUCGGUGCCAUCGGGUGGUGCCGUUGCUGCUGCUGCUCCCGCUGCUGGCGCUGGUGGCGAUGCCGCUGCUGCUCCGGCUGAGGAGGAGAAGAAGAAGGAGGAAGAGAAGGAAGAGUCGGAUGAGGACAUGGGCUUCGGUCUCUUCGACUAA